AUGAAGACACCGUUCCACGGGGCUUUAAGCCUCCUGGUGUUCCUCCUUACCAUCAUCUGCACGUAUGCACUCGCGCCACAAGGCGCGAGUCUUCACAUCCCCCGCACGCGCUGGAGUGUGCCCAUCUCCUUCUGCUGGAUUCCAUGGUUUGCAACCGGCCUACUGCUCCUCUUCCAAGCUCUGAGCUUUAAGGAAGUGGGAGCCGCGCUUGUCGGCGAGGGCAGCCUCAGACCAUCCUCCAUCAUCGUCACCUACAUGUCCCUCGCCUACCUAGCCGUCUCCUGCGAAAUCACCGGUUUGUAUUCAUGGUUAGCUCUCCACGCGGCUAGGUGGUCUCGAGGCAAACCAGUCCUUCUGCUAGCCGUCUUUUUCGCUUUAUCAGGAGCGUUGACCGCGGCCAUCGGCCCAGAUGUCAGCUUGGUCGCGUUGACUCCCGUGGCCAUCUACACAGCCGGAGCCGCCAAUUUGGAUCCCAUGGCCAUGGCCGCGACCCACUUGGGGUCCGUGUCCCUUUGGGGCAUGUUGGUCCCCGUCGCCGGCCCGAUCAACAUCCUUACCUCCCACGCCUUCCAGCUCACCUUCAUGCGCUUCCUGGGCUGGAUGGCUCUGCCUACCUGCGCCGCCGCAGUGGUGAUGUUCGGGCUGCUGUACGUGCUGUUGCACAGAAGCCGCGUGGCAGCACUGGCAGCGCGGUGCGAUCCAGUGACAGCAACAACCGUCGCCGCGGCUGCUGCCACAUUGCCGUAUCCUGACCCGGGGGUCAUGUUGCAUGACCAGGUAGGCGCCGCCUGCAGCUCCGCCCUCCUGGCUGGUUGUCUGCUGGCGCUGCUGGUGGCUCCCUGGCUGAGGUGGAGCGGGGAGCUGGUGGCGGCGGUGUUCGCGGCGGUGGCGGCCAUUUACAACCUUGUGGCUGGGGGCGGGGGCCCGCUGCCGCUGAGGGUCGCCAUCGGCCGCCGCAGCGCCUACGAGCGGAGAAGACGACUGCAGGCUGAGCUGGCUCGGCAGGGUCACCAGUGGGUGGUAAGUGAUGAGGACCUGGCGGACCUCCUCCUGUCGGCGGCUCACAACCGCCAGGCAUCACUCACGAGACUGGCAGCAGCAACUGCUAACAGAGUCACGGCUUCAGCUACGUAUAGUACAGCGGCGGCGGCGGCGGCAAUCGGAGGUGGCGGCGGAGCCUCCAUCCAUCGGCGGCCCUCCUCUGGUUGUGAUGGAAGCGUUAGAGCUGACGGCGGCGGCGGCGGUUGCGGUGUGAGGUUUUCGUCUACUGGUACGGGUAUCACAAGCUGCGGGAGUCUAAGCCGUCACAGCCUGACUAGCCUGGCAUCGCUUGGGGCUGGCGGCGGUAGCGGCGGAGGCGGCGAUGGCGGGCUGCCUUCGCCUGUACGGCGGUGGUUUUCCCGCCGGUGGUCGUCGUUCCGUGGCUUUUUGCUGCCACCCGCCGCCGGCUGUGAGCUGCUGGAAGCCGCGGCGGAGGCGAGGGCGGAUCUGGGCAUGCUGGCGGAGUACGGCGCCGCCGCCGGUAGCACAGUGGCCACACAAGCAUGGAAUGGUCGUCCUGACGGGGCCGCCGCGGCCGCUGCCGGGGCCGGCAGCAGCAGCAGCAAGGGCCCGUCAUUGCAUUCGUGGAUGAGCUUAGAGCUGCAGCACCUACUGACCCACGGGACGGCCGCAGUGCCGUCGGACUCCUUAGAAUGGUGGGCCGCCGCCGCGUCGGCUGCACAGGGGAUGCUGUGGACAGAGCCUGGAAGUCUGGCGGAGGCCGCUCUUUUGUCUCAGUCGGUGGGAACGUACCAAGGUGGUGGCGGCGAUCUGCUCGUAGCCGACGCCGGUGACGAAGUCAGAAACGGUGGCGGCGCCACAACCUGUAGCGGUAUCGGAGGCGGAGGCGGCUGGCGGUGGAUUAGUUCCUCGGCUGGAACAGUCGAUGGUGUCGGCGGCGCCGCCGGCGGUUGCGGAGCCCGGCGGAGGAGGAGUUUGACCGCACAGAGCCCUUUCGCCAACGCCGCCGCGAUGGCCUCCUCGGACUGGGAUGGUUGCCCGGCGAUCGCGUCGGCCUGCGGAGCGGCUGCUGACGUCGCUACGACGACCGUAACCGCGGACGCGAAUCCAGAUGACGGUGUACGGCAGGCCGCGGUCAUUGACGGCCACCGCAGGCAGCAGUCCUGCGAGGACGUGAGCGCCGUUGUGCAGCGUACCCCUGGGGCUGCCCGUUCUCAGGCGGGGCUCCGCACGUCAGCUGAUGACCCAUGGGACGCUCGUGGCGCGGCGGAUGGGGGCCGCGAUGGCAACGUCGGCGUCGACGGCAGCUGCGGUCAGGAGGUUGGAAGCGGACGCGAGCAGGAGCCCCCGAGUAGCGGACCGGACACUGCGAGCCGCAUUCUGCGGGCGGUGUCUUUGGAAGGGGGAUACGGCCGCGGCGGCGCCGCUACUGCUGCGGCGGUGGCGGCGGCGGCAACUGUCGCCGAUCCCGCAGGAUCCGUUCUUUCGCUGCACCGCCAGCCAUCCUCUCAUCCGUUACAGACAUCGCCGCUGCAUCCACAGAGCCCGCCAAGGCUGUCGUACGGCGGCGGCUACCACGGGGGGAACGACGAGCGGUAUGCCCUCACAAUCAUGGCUCCACCGCCGGCGGAUCGCGAUGCCGCGGGGAGCCCGGCAGCGGCGAGGCUGCUCCCGCUGCCGCCGCCGCUGCAGCGUCGUCAGACUCUGCCGUCCGCGUUGGGUUUUGAGGGUCUCUUUGGCUGCUGGCGGCGUGGUACGGUACAUCAAGGGGGAACGGCAGCGGAAUCGGCGGCGUUGCUACCCGCUUGCGCUGCGGCCAGCGACGACCCGUGUCACACGGCGUUAAGGCCGCUGCCGCUGCCGGUGCCGCCGGCGGCGGGGCAAACGGCGGCAGCUGGAAAGACCGAGCCAACCGAAGAUGAGGCGAAGUGGCCGCACCGUAUUUCUGUACAUGCGUUCCACAUCAACCGGCACCUGAACAGCUCAUCAAGCCUCGGGGGAGGUCUGGAUGAUAAUGCAAGCGGCUACAACAAGAGCCCCGCGGUGACAGCGAUGGCGACGGCGCCGUCACCGCGUAGCACCUAUAAGCUGAGGCGGCCGUCCGUGGCGUUGCUGCUGCUGGGCUCCCGGGAGGUGAGCUUCCUGGGUACCUUUACCGCUCUGCCUUGGGCAAAUAUCGUGCUCAUGUUGGGCUGGUUCGUACUGGUGGAGGCCAUGCAGGUACACGGCUGGCUGGACGCUCUAGCUCGCUGCCUCACCGCCAUCGUCGACGCCAAGGACCCCCUGCAACUCUCCUCCUCCUCUUCGCCCUCUUCGCCCUCUUCGCCCUCCUACUCCACGGAUGACGUCACAGUCAUCCGUACCGCCGCAGCCACUCCCGCCUCCGUCGUCGCGGGUGCAGUCUUCGCGAUCGGCUGGUUGUCAGUCCUCCUGUCCAUCGGUAUGACCGGCCAGUCCACCGCGCUGCUCCUGGCUCGAGUCAUAAUGCGCCCGGAGUUCCUCCAGCUCCUCGUCCCGCAAUACCAACAACAACAACAACAACAACAGCAGCUUCUCCAACUGCAACAGCAGCAGCUACAGGUGUCAGCUAGCGGCAGCACCGCGCUAACAAACACCAGCAGCAUUGCCGAUACUGGUACAGCUACUGCCACCUUUAGCGAUCUAGGCCGUAAUGGUUUCGGAGCUUCAGCGCACCGCGGCGCCCAGCUGGCGCUAGUGGUGGCGGCCAAUCUGGCGCCUGCGCUGUCCCUCAGCGGUUCAUUGACGGCAUUACGAUGGGGGCUAGGGCUGCGGGAGAUGGGAGUACGGAUGCGAUGCUGCAAGAUCUUGGUUUCGGGGCUGGCCCCGGCGGCACUGGCCGGUAUGGCAGUGGCGCUGCUAGUAUUGUGGAUUCAGUGCAUCGUGUGGCAGUAG